AUGCUGGGGGGCGCCGGGCGCCCGCGGCGGGCGCAGCCCCUGCCCUGGCCCUGGGCGCCGCCCGGGCCCGCCGCGCUGCUCGGGCUGGGCGCGGGGGUCGCGCCCCCGCCCCUGCUGCUGGCCGCGGCGCCGCCCCCCGCCGCCCCGCCGCUGCCCGGGCUGCCCGGCUGGCCGGCCCCGGGCGCGCCGCUGCCGCCGCCGCCGCCGCCGCCGCCGCUGCUGCCGGACCCCGCCGGCCGCGCCGGACAGUGGCUGUUCUGUGGCCUUCCGCCGCCUGUGGGCCUGUCCCCCUCCUCCACCGUUGAGCUGGUGCCCUUUGUCCCACACGUCCGCCCGGCCGCCCUCCCAGCUCCUGUUGGCAAAAGUUGGGUAGACAAAAGGAUCCCGACCUGUAAGAUCUUCUUCAACAAUUCCUUUGCUCUGGAGUCCGCUUGGCUGUAUCCUGAAGAGUCAAUUCUAUUCCAUGGGCCCGAGAAACCUCAUUUGUUGGCAAACCAAGUGGCCGUGUGUCUGUCCAGGCCUGCGCCCACGGUGGUCCUGGCCCCGCCGCCCAUCCCAGACGCCCGUCACGCCGGCCUCUGGCCACUCCGCAGCCCGGCCAUCGCCAUCACCGCCACCGCCGUGGUCUCCAUGGAGCCUGAGGACGGCAAAGGCCCGGCACCGCCCACCAUGCAGCCCUGCCACCUGCUGACUCUGGCGCCCGUCCAGCUGCCGCUGCGCCCCCGCCCCGGCUCAGAGAGAAGCCGAGAGCGUGGCCGGGGCCCGGGGCCUCCCGCCCUGGUGCUGCAUGCGGAGCCGAGGGGCCCGGCCGGGGGCCAAGGAGAGAAGGAGCCUUCGUCCAUCCUCGUCGCCCGGGAGGACAGUGUGGCCAGAGGCAGCCGGCCCGUGGCCUCCACGCCGGUGCCCGGGUCCCCCUGGUGCGUGGUGUGGACGGGUGACGACCGCGUCUUCUUCUUCAACCCCACCAUGCAGCUGUCGGUCUGGGAGAAGCCCGGGGACCUGCAGCACCGCGGCGACCUCAACCGCAUCCUGGAGGACCCGCCCCACAAGCGCAAGCUGGAGGCGACAGCAACCGACAGCGAAGCCGACUCUGCUGACGCGGGGGACGCCGCGAGCAUGAGGACCAAGAGGAACCGGACAGACGGCAGAGCCAGCCCCAAGCCUGCAGACGUGGAUGGCCCGGACGGGAGCAGCAGGACGCCACCCCAGAUCCUCCUGCCGCUGGAGGAGCGGGCGGCCCACUUCCGAGACAUGCUCCUGGAGAGAGGGGUGUCUGCUUUCUCCACCUGGGAAAAGGAGCUGCACAAAAUCGUCUUUGACCCCCGCUACCUGCUCCUGAACUCGGAGGAGCGCCGGCAGAACUUCGAGCAGUUCGCCAAGACCAGGCUCAAGGAGGAGCACCGUGAGCGGCGGAGCAAGCUGCUGCUGGCCAGGGAGGGCUUCCGGCGGCUCCUGGAGGAGGCCAAGGUGACGCCCAGGACCACGUUUAAGGAGUUCGCCGAGAAGUAUGGCCGGGACCAGAGGUUCCGACUGGUCCAAAAGCGGAAGGACCAGGAGCACUUCUUCAACCAAUUCAUUCUCGCCCUGAAGAAACGGGACAAGGAGAACCGCCUGCGGCUCCGGAGAAUGCGAUGAGCCCGCGGGGGCCGCAGGGCGGG